AGACGAACAAACGCCUUCCAAGAAAUGUAAACAAAGGUGCUGCGAAGGUUGUGGGUUGUGGGGACACUAUUACGCAACAAAUGUAGCCUAAGGAACUGCACUCAGCACAUGUACACCCCUGGAAAAGUUCUAGCAAAAAAGAAAAAAAAAACAUACCAAGAACCCUUAAGCCUUUCGUUGCGCCGUGAUGGAUAGGAAAAUGUAUCGGAAGGUGGAUAUGAAGGUGGUGAUGCUUGGCCAGAUGUCAUGUGGCAAGACAAGCCUGGUGGAAAGGUUUAUAUACAAACGCUUCAACUCUCAGUACCAAGCCACCAUAGGGGCUGCGUUUGGAGCUUGUUGUGUGACGGUGCAAGGCUGUGAAGUCUGUGUUGGGCUGUGGGACACUGCAGGCAGUGAGAGGUAUAAUGCAAUGAGUCCCUUGUACUACAGAGGUGCUAAGGCAGCUGUCAUCUGCUAUGACAUAACAGAUGAUGAGAGUGUUGAGCGUGCCAAGUUCUGGGCAAAUGAGAUCCAGUUGCAUGAAGAGGAGUGCCGUGUGUACCUGUGCGGCACCAAGCUGGACCUGGUGCUGCAGGAUCCCAAGGCACGGCAGGUGGAUUUGCAUGACAUGCUGGACUAUGCAGAGACGAUUAAUGGCAGACUGUUUGAGACGUCCAGCAAGACUGGUGAGAACGUGCAGGAACUCUUCAACACCAUUGUCCAAGAUUAUGUCGGUGACCCCAAGACUGACCUGUCUGCCCCCCAGGACUCCUCCUUCCGCCUCCACACACAGAGGAUCAGGGAAAAGUGUUGUUGAGGUUGAUGGCUGGUGUGGGAACAAGUCUCGCCAUCACACAGGCCACUGUAUUUUUCCAGUAUGUGAUGGAGACUUGUGCAACAUUUACUACUAAACCACACUUUCCCUAGCAGAAAUAUUAUUGUGAUAUAUUUUCAUGUGCUUUCAGAAGUGUUAUUAUAUCAGUGCUUUAGGUAGUAAAUGUUAUUUUUGUA